GCUAUCAAGCAUGACGCCUGGAACCAUGCUGUUAUGUUUAGCCGUUCUAUUUUCUAUUGCAUCGGGCUUAAUAAUGCCGCUCACCAAACCAGAUGGACAGGUUGAUGUGAAGAGUUUAGUUAGCCAUGUGUCCACUUUAGAAACAGCUAUGACAUCGCUACAAUCCCGUUUUCAGGUCAACACGGUGGAGCUCGAAAGCGUCAAGUCGAAAUUGAAGGCCACCGAGGACAAACUACAGACAACGUCUGACGAGCUCCUCAUUGUGCAGGCAAAACAGGAGGCCUUGCAGAAAACAACUAAAAAUAUGUCCCGCCUUGUCCAUGACCUUGACGCAGAUGUUGCCUUCGAGGUUAGCCAGAAACAGGAGAAAACCACAUGGACCACUCUCAAAUUUGAUACAGUCUUGACGAACAUAGGUAAAGCCUAUAGCCCAAGGACAGGCGUGUUCAAGGCACCUGUUUCUGGAACCUACUUGUUCUGGGCUGACGUGAUGAUGUACAGCCACCACAACGAUCACUAUUUAUACCUGAACGGUCCCGAUGGAGUCCUCGGCACAGGAUACCCACAUUCCGAGGCUGGUCAUAACCACGGCACAAUCCAUCUUACAACUGUCUCCCGACUAACCCAAGGAUCCAGGAUAACCUUUUCGUUUAAUUCCUCCUCCAUCGUGUCUCACGUGGUCGUUGGCGGGGGCGCCUCAAGCUACGGCGGCACACUGAUACGUGCUCAUUAAAAGAUUAUCUUGAUUUCAACCCUGAAGAGUAUUGGACAUGUAUCUGUGGUACAUAGACCGUAUCGUUGUUACCUAAUAAACUGAAGCUGCUGUUUUAAAA